UCUAUCUGUCUUUCUUUAUUUUCCUGGAAAGAGUGUCAUUUGUCAAUUUCAUAUUCUCUUUUAUUUCGAUCAAAACUUGGACUAGACAAAGUCUUGGCCGGAAAACUCAAAACGGCAACGAAGAAGAACCAAUUUUACUGAAUUGGCAGUAGAAAUAAGAUGGGUGAUUACUCCAAGGACGAUUUCCUUCAGCUAAUCAAGCGAUUUGGCGCUUUCUUAACCGUCAAGAUUUCUAAUCUCUUCGGCACACUGGAUUCAAGAUCUGUGGGUGCCAUAGCAGGUCUUGCAUUUGCAAUAGUUUUUACCUGGAGAGUGUGGAGAUCACCUAGUCCACAACGGAGGCUUCCUAAGCGACAGGGUGCUACAUCUAGUAGUUCUGGUGUAAGCAAUCAUGCAAGUGCAAAUGUUGCAACUUCAGGAGUUAUCCCUUCUUCUGAGGAUUCAAAUGCUCAAAAUGUUAUUGAUGAGUUUUUCCAGACAGUAAAGCCAACACUUGGACAGAUUGUUAGGCAACGGCUGAGUGAAGGGAGGAAGGUGACAUGUAGGUUGCUUGGAGUGAUACUGGAGGAAACUAGCCCAGAGGAGCUUCAGGUAAUAAUUAUUUCAGGCUCUGAUAUGGACCGGUGUUUAAAUGCCGUUGACAUUGUUUAUACUUUGUCUUGGCAGCAACAAGCAACCGUGCGAUCCUCUGUACUCGAAGUAUUGCUCGAAAUAACCAAAUUUUGUGACCUUUAUCUCAUGGAAAGAGUUCUCGAUGAUGAAAGUGAAAAAAAGGUCCUCCUGGCUUUAGAGAAUGCUGGAGUGUUUACAUCUGGAGGCCUGGUCAAAGACAAGGUUCUCUUUUGCAGCACUGAGAUUGGACGCACAUCCUUUGUUCGACAGCUAGAACCUGAUUGGCACAUAGAUACAAAUCCGGAAAUCACUUUUCAGCUAGCGAGAUUCAUCAAAUAUCAGUUACAUGUUUCACCUAACAAGCCGGAAAGAACAGCAAUCAAUGUCUUCAACUCAACAACAUUGGAGCAGUUCUUUGGAAGUGUUUAGAUGCAACCAACAAGAGCUCUAGCAAAUUUCGUUUAUUUUAGGUUUUUUUUCUUCUUCUUUUUUCCAUCUUUUUUGUUGUUGUUUUCCCUUUUCUUCUCCUCUCAAAUCGAUUCGGCAUGUGAAAAUCCUCAUAUGUUUUGACUUCUAUUUUUAUUUGCUUUUCUUGCUUCCUGCUGCUUCAUAGUGUGGGAUUAAGGCGCAGUAAUUGUAACACUGGUAUUGUCGAAACAAAUCUAUCUCUGUUGCUGUGUAUCGACCUCUUUUCAAUCAUAGAUGUGAAUGUCAUUAUAAGUUGCUACUA